GAACCUCUCUAGACCCGGAAGUUUUGAAUGACGAGUUCAGCUUUUAAGCACGUUGUAACCGGUAGAUUAUCUGAGUGUUUGAAUUCACUUGUUUACUUGUUUAUUUAUAGUGUAUUACUUUUAAUGCCAUAAUCUCGGUUCGUUGUCCUAAUCGAAGAAUCUUCUAAAGAGAAAGAGCAAAGUAGUGAAUAUUUCUUUAAGUGCGCUGAGUGUCCAUACAGUAACCAGGCUUGCUUUGCUAGCUAUCUAACAUAGAGCUGUACAAAAUGAAACUGUCAUGCAGAACGAAAAUAGUUCAUGAGUGCUGAUAUCUGUCUCUAACACGCCGCUAGCUGGCACUGUAAUAAAAGUAAUGUCUGUACACAAAUAGAAAUGAUACUUUGCCAUCUUCUGACUGAUCAUACACAUCCUCUAUUCCGCAGGACAGAAAUGGCAGAAGAGUGUGUUAAUGAGGGAAAGGAGGUGCUCCAGCCCCUCACGGUCACUGUAGGAGCUACUGUUCCUACAGGCUUUGAACACACUGCAGCCGAGGAGGUGCAGGAAAAAAUAGGAGCCAUUGCCAGAGUUAGCAAAGACCGAGGCAGAAUUUAUUUCGAAAUUACUACAGAUCAGCUACACAAGGUGCACCAUUUAAAGUCUGUGGAUAAUCUCUUUGUCGUGGUUGAACAUUAUGAUAAUUAUCAGUUCAAAGAAACAAAGGAAGAAGCUUUAUUAGACCUGCAGCAGCUUGCUCCUGUGUUGCCCUGGAAUAGUGCUUUGGAGGUCUGGAAAAUGAACAACUCUCUGAAGAAGAAGAGGAGCCGCAGGAGAGGAGCUGCGGUCCCCAAACUGAAGCCUUGCGAUGCAUCUGAAACUGAAAAACCCCAAGCCGAACCUGAUGAGACACAGCUAAAAGAGAAGCCGGGAAGUGCCUGUCCCGAGCAGGAGCCUAGUCCUGAAGGAGCGCAGGACUCCGAUAUUCAGGAGACAGAAGCUAAGCCUCUAAAAUUCCGUGUGACUUGUAAUAGAGCCGGAGACAAGCACAGCUUCACUUCAAAUGAUGCAGCGCGGGACUUUGGUGGUGCCGUGCAAGAGUUCUUUCAGUGGAAGGCAGACAUGACCAAGUUUGAUGUGGAAGUGCUGUUGAAUAUCCACAACAACGAGAUGGUGAUUGGCAUUGCUCUUACAGAGGAGAGUCUGCACAGAAGAAACAUUACUCACUUUGGCCCCACCACUCUGCGCUCCACCCUGGCUUAUGGGAUGCUAAGACUUUGCAAACCACAGAUAUCAGAUGUCAUAGUAGACCCCAUGUGUGGCAGUGGAGCCAUACCUUUAGAGGGAGUUAUCGAGUGGUCAAAUUCAUUCUUCCUUUCUGGAGACAACAAUGACAUGGCCAUCAGCCGAACAGUUAAUAACAUCAACCAUAUUUUAAAGAAAAAGAAAGAUGGUGGCAGCACUUCUCCAGGUUUAUCUAUAGACACUGCACAGUGGGACUUGUGCCAUUUACCCUUGAGGACUAGUUCUGUGGAUAUCAUCACCACUGACAUGCCCUUUGGAAAGAGAAUGGGCUCCAGGAAGAAGAACUGGGAUCUGUAUCCUUCUUGUCUUCGGGAAAUGGCACGGGUCUGCAGGCCAGGCACAGGACGGGCUGUAUUGCUGACCCAGGACAAAAAAUGCUUCACUAAGGCCCUAUCACGAAUGGGAGGGCUGUGGAGGAAAUCACACACAGUUUGGGUGAACGUAGGAGGUUUGCAUGCUGGCGUUUUUGUGCUUCGCCGCACUGCACCGAUUUUUGGUACCACUCCAGAAGAUGUAAGAGAGCCUCAUAUGGGAUGUGAGUCACAAGAAGUCAACAUGGAGGAGAACGUUCAGUCAGCAAGAUCUGAAUGAGUUACUGUUAUAAUUGAAUGCAUAUGAUUCCUGUAAAAGUUUCACCCCAUCAUUUCUGUUGAAGUACAAUGUUCUUUUCACAUAUCAGCAACACAGGAUAUCUUGGAACGCUUUGUUUGUGGAAAUAUUCAUGUAUAAAAAUUUAUAUUACAUGCUGCUUUCAGACUGAAGUGUGAAUAAUUAAGUUCAAUAAAUGUGGAAUGACUUCCUUCCAAGUGAAACAGUUGUGUGUUGAUGCCCCAGCUUUGCUCUCAGUGUCUCUGCAGGCAGUAUAGGAAGUGGUCUUACAUUGCGUAAUCAUUUCCUCUCCCACACAUUGCAAGAUUUUUUUUUUUUCCCAAAGGUUCUUGAGCUGUACAUGACAUCAUUCCUGGAAGAUGUUUUUUCCCCACAAGGCAUGUCAUUGUUUGGUUUUAUUUGGUGAUGAUUGGAAACAGUGACUCCACAACUUCCAGAAAAGGGUAGUUUAAAAUAAUUAUGAACAGUAAAUUUGCCCUGAUAUUUUUGGCUUAAGAUUUGCAUGCGAGAGAAAUGUAUUUCAUGGUUUUCAUGUAGGGUGAAUUCAGAUAUAUUGGGAUAGUUUUUGAAUAUAUUUAUGCAGUUUUUGAAUUUCUACCUUGUCUAAACUUUCUUGAGGUAGAAUAUCUAUGAAUAAGAUGAAUUAAUAAAUGAAUGGGUAUAUAUGUCUAAUAUCAUUCUAUUUUGCUUACUUCAUUGGAAAACUCUUAAGACUGUCCCAAGUAACAUCGUGAAAAUGAAUAAAUUAUGAACAUGUACUUGUUUUGAACUAA